AUGUCUGAACUCUCCACAUUGCUAAGUUUUUUUCUGUUGAUAUUGAGUGGCUUCGAUAGCAGUAAGUUGACGAAAUUCCGAAAUUAUUGCCCGAAAGAACGAACCGCUUUCCGCAUAUGUGCCUCACAUCACGAAAUCUGCUUGAUGACGCUUAAAUCGGAUUGCCACGAUCAGUUGUUGCAUUGCAUAAGUGCACUAAUUCCCACAAACUUGUCAAGAGGGCAUCGUUUUACCAGACCACCGGAUGGAUGUUCUGUAGAAAACUAUUACAGAAACGUGGUUUAUAAAAAUAAUACAGUGGGAGAAAAAUAUAAUUGGAUUCAUUUUCUACAUCGUGAAUUGGUUAUUACAACAUUUGGCUUUGCUUGUAUUCGGGGCCUUGCAUACAUACAUCCCAUUUUUCAAAAGAAUGGAAAGCAAUUUGUUUCAACUUGAAGAAUAAUUGCAACUGUUUUUUUUACAGAACAAGUGGUUUACUGAUGUUACGAUAUUUUGUGAGCCCUCUAUUGGAAAGUGAAAAGAAUAACCCGAUGGAAGAAAACACAUAUCUAAUAACAACAAUAAUAAUGAAUACUAUCGUGAAGAACAUCAUGAGAUUCCGGAUGACUAUAAUGUUAUUGAAACAGAAGAAACAAUUAAUAAUGACACCUCGGAACCAAAACCAUCAUCUGAAUCGGAAAUUGAUCAGAGAACGGAUUUGGAAGCACAAAAACUUACUGUUCUGAAGAAAAAAGGAAUCAAAAGAAAAACUGAAAUUCUCACUUACAGAAGUUUCAGGAAGAAGCGACCAUAUUACAGAAGAAGACAAAGAAAGAGAACUAUCCGGCUUCCAGAAAGAUUUCGCAUAAUGAUGAAAGCUAUUGCUAAGCUGAUGUGGCGAUUCAUGUGCAAAAAAUUAUUGAAAAUGGACUAGGU